UUCCCGAUACAAUUCCAAGUUGCAUAUGUUCAACCAUUUUGCGGUGACAAUAACAAUUUUCCAUGGUGUACAAUGAUGGAAACAGCUCCACAAUCACAAAUUACAAAGUGUCCAUGAAUAUGAAUCUUCAAUUUUUGGCUUCUGGGUUAUUUGUGAUGGAAAUCUGUGUACAAGAUUGGGUCAGAGAUAGAGAAACCAAGUGAAAAGAGUAGGUUUUUCAGACAAAUUUUGGAAGUCAACACUUCCUCAGCCUCUCUGGCUCUCUGUGUCUGGCAUCAGUCUCCUCCGUGUCUGUUGGGAUCUCUAUCGAAUCCAUAGUUUGAAGCUGCAGCAGCUGAUUUGAAAAGAGUGCAAUGGGAUAUGAUAAUUCAAAGUUUCAACAUGAUACGCAAUUAAAAAAGCUGCCAACAAGCAAUGGAGAUGGCAUAGUUAAAUAUAGAUUUGAUAGUAAGGGAAACCGAAUAUUAGAUUCAAGCAACAAGUAUGAGGAGGAGGCAGAUGGGAAAUCAAGGAAAUCAUUGAAAGUCAAAGUGCUAUCGAGAGUCUUCUCCGAGGACUAUGAGAGAGUGAAGAGAAAGAUAUUAGAUCCUUGUGGACCAACUAUUCGACGAUGGAACAAGAUAUUUUUGGCAGCGAGCUUAGUUUCAUUGUUUGUGGAUCCUCUAUUCUUUUUCCUACCAGGAGUAUCAGACGAAGCGUGUAUAAAUAUUGACAUACCUCUUAAAGUCCUUCUUACAAUUGUUAGAUCAAUUGCUGAUAUCUCCUACAUGGUUCAGAUUUUCAUUCGGUUCCGCACAGCUUAUGUUGCACCUUCUUCCCGUGUUUUUGGGAGAGGGGAGCUUGUGAUAGAUUCUUCAAAGAUUGCUACAAGGUACCUACACAAGAAUUUCUGGAUUGACCUUAUUGUUGCUCUGCCCCUUCCUCAGGUCUUAAUUUGGGUUAUUAUCCCCAAUCUUAGGGGUUCAACAAUGACAUAUACAAAAAAUGUUCUGAGAUUCUUCAUCAUUUUCCAAUACCUUCCGAGACUAUUUCUUAUAUUUCCACUCUCAUCGGAAAUUAUCGAUGCCGCUGGAGUUGUGACCGAAACAGCAUGGGCUGGAGCUGCAUAUAACGUGAUACUUUACUUGUUGGCAAGCCAUGUUAUGGGAGCUUGCUGGUAUAUUCUCUCAAUUGAGCGAGAAGAAGCAUGCUGGAAAAGUGUCUGUGAUAGUGAGAAGCCAUCGUGUCAGCAUGGAUUCUUCGACUGCCACAGUAUUUACGACUCUCUUAGGGAGUCUUGGUUUAAAUCAAGCAAUAUUACAGAUCAAUGUGAUCCGGCUAGUAACUUUUAUCAAUUCGGUAUCUAUGGUGAUGCAGUGACCUUGCAUGUUACAACUGCACCAUUCUUCAACAAAUACUUCUACUGUCUUUGGUGGGGCGUAAGGAACCUGAGCUCUUUUGGUCAGAAUCUUUCCACGAGCACAUAUGCAGGGGAAAUAAUUUUUGUCAUCAUAGUCGUAACGCUAGGUUUGGUUCUCUUUGCCAAGCUGAUCGGCAAUGUGCGAACUUAUCUUCAGUCGAUAACUGUUCGUUUAGAAGAAUGGAGGAUCAAGAGAACUGAUACAGAGCUUUGGAUGCAUCACAGGCAGCUCCCUCAAGAGUUAAAGCAGUCCGUUGUGAAAUAUGAUCAGUACAAGUGGGUAGCUACACAUGGAGUGGAUGAAGAAACUGUUCUCAAAUGCCUUCCUUUGGAUCUUAGAAGAGCUAUCAAGCGUCAUCUAUGCCUUGAUCUAGUUCGACGAGUUCCGCUGUUUGAUCAAAUGGAUGAAAGGAUGCUAGAUGCAAUAUGUGGAAGGCUUAAACCGGCCUUAUGCACUGAAGGCACAUUUCUAGUGCGUGAAGGAGAUCCUGUUAAUGAGAUGCUCUUCAUAAUCCGCGGACACCUUGAUUCCUGUACCACUGAUGGUGGUCGCACUGGAUUCUUCAACUCUUGCCGCAUUGGUCCUGGAGACUUCUGUGGUGAGGAAUUGCUUACAUGGGCCUUGGAUCCCCGUCCUAGCGUCAUCCUCCCAUCGUCCACUCGCACAAUCAAGCCCAUUUCAGAAGUAGAGGCAUUUGCUUUACAAGCAGAAGACUUGAAGUUUGUAGCGGCACAAUUUAGAAGAUUGCACAGUAAGCAAAUCAAACACAAGUUCAGGUUCCACUCACACCAGUGGAGAUUGUGGGCUGCUUGUUUCAUACAAGCAGCGUGGCGCCGGUUCAAAAAACGAAAGGAAGCAGCUAAAUUAAAGGCUUAUGAAAACACCAUGGCCACUGAGCCCGAAUCGCCCUCAUCAUGGUCAGGCUUACUCACAUAUGUAGCAAGGUUGGUAGCAAGCACCAAAAGGGGAGCAAGUAAUCAUUCUAGAUCCAGUUUUGGUGUUGUGAGCUCACUGCAGAAACCGGCAGAGCCGGAUUUUUCUAUUGACGAGGAAUAAAUGGACUAUAUAUUAAUCAGAGGAAUACUCUUUCUGUACAUUUUUUCCUUUCUCCUAACUAGGUAGAAGCAGGGAUGCCCUAAUGUUAUUGUUUUAUUUUUGGUGUUCAUAUACCUUAUAAGGAUAUAGUUAGGUGAUUCAGUUAGAUAUUGGAGGCAGUAAUUUAUAGUAGAAAAGCCAAAAAAAUAAAUACAACUUAUGGAUU